AUGAAGUACAAUUUAUAAUGUUUAGAGGUUCAGACCGUUUUCAGUAAUGCAGUAAUCUCUAAACUAAUAAUCAGCCGAUCUGUCGACUAUCAUCACUUGAAGUUUCAACAGUGGCAUGUUACAAAUAAUUUUUAAACCCGAAUUUCACAAUAAUCGAGUUUAAUUUUUUAGUUAGUGAAUAUUAGAAGAUUUAAAAUAUUAUUGUAUAAUAAUUUUAUUUAUAAUAAUAUAUUAUACUGUACAUUUUAUUAGAUUUUAUAAUAACAACUAAAGAAUAGGUACAAAAAAAAAGAUACUAUCAGAUUGUUAUAUUAUUUAUGUUUAAUGUAGAUUAUUUGUUAUAGUUGUUUUUUUCCAUCAAUUAAACUGUAUAAUAGGAGCUUAUAAUUAGUAAUUGAAUUUGCAAAAUAUUAAUAGUAGGUAUAUUCAAAAUGCCCAAGAAGUUUGUUGGCAUGAAUUCAAAAGCUUUGGAAGCCAAAGCUCGAAAAGAUGCUAUUAAACAAGAAGCUGAUGCUAAAAAAAAAAAGGCAAUAGAAGAUGAAUUUUGGAAAGAUGAUGACAAGAACGCUAUCAAAAAACAAAAAAGAAAGGCAAGAAAAAGAAAAAAAAAAAUUGAUCAAAUAGAAAAAAAACGCGAAGCACAAUUAUUACUAGAAACUGAGCUCAGUGAAAUAAAGACAACACAUAUUAACCAAAAAAUCACUAGGCAUCAACUUAUGAAAGAACUUGAAACUCCAUCAAAUCCUAAGCCACAGCCAAUAUUGGACGAAGAAAGUUCAAUCGAAGAAAACUUGAAUCGUUUAACUAUGCACGAUGAAGAAGCACGAACAGUUGAUGAAGCUCUUAAUAUGCUGAAUCCUACUCAAAAGUUGUUGGAUAAACAUCCUGAAAAAAGACUAAAAGCAGCAUAUACUGCUUUUGAAGCAGAAAAUUUACCAAGGUUACGUCUUGAAAAUCCAUCUAUGCGUCUAUCUCAAGUAAAACAACUAAUGAACAAAGAAUGGAUGAAAUCACCGGAUAACCCUAUUAAUCAGAGAUAUUUGAAUAAAAAUUAAUUUGAAUUGCCUUUGAUAUAAGAAUAUUAAUAUAAGAACUAUAAGUAGGUGUUCAUAAUUCCUUGAAAUAAUGUGAUUAUUUACCUACUAAAAUUAUAUUAAUACUAUGUAUAAUGUAACAAAAAUGUAUUAAUUUCAAUUUUAAAUAAAGUUGGAUCUGUAAUAUAGGGUGACCAUAUGUCCCAUUUAAAACGG